UGCUCCAUCAGCAGAUAACAAUCCUAAAUUAUCUUAUAAUAGUAAAAUGGGCAUAAGGCAAUUUAUUAGAAGAUAUCUAUGUUGUGGAAGUGAUAGAAGUAAUAGGACUCAAGUUAGUCCAGUUAAUGAACAGGAAGAGGCCAGGCCUAGGAGAGAAACAUUAGACUUAGCAGAAAGAAAUAAAGAUAGCAGUUGUCCUAAAGCAAAACAAGAAGAUAUAAUAAUUGAAGAUAUUACUAAUGUAGGACAUGAUCAAGAAGACUUAACAGAAAGAAAUAAAGAUAGCAGUUGUCCUGAAGCAAAACAAGAAGAUACAACUGAAGAUAUUACUAAUGCAGGACAUGAUCAAGAAGAUGAAAAGAGUGCUUCCAUCAGCUCUAUUGAAUCAGUUACUGACAAACAGGAAGAUGUAAGUACAGAAACAGAUACAAAUGACAACAUGAAACCAAUACCAGAAUUUAUGACUAAUAUGAAUGGAUCCAAAUAUUGGCACUUAGUAGAAGAGGCUACACCUGAGAAUGGGAUCACUCCCCUAUUAACAAACACUGGAGAGGUUUACAGAAAUGACAAAGAUGAUCAUGCAGAAAUAAAAUUUAUUGAUGACAAUAAGGAUCCCUUUGAAAUAACUGAUCUAUUAAUAAAGAACUCUCCUUGUCAUGAAUGCUCUGAAAAGCUCUUGAAGCACUUUGAGGAUCUCAAUAACAAACCAACAAUACAUGUAGGACGUAUAUGGCAUCUUUAUGAUAGUGAUGAUGACAAUGGAAUAAUUGAACUUCUUAAGGAUGAAUUUGAUAUCAUAGUAUGGGAAGACUUACAUUCAUUGAUAUGCACAAAACAUCCUUCAUUAACAUCAAACUAUAUUAAAAGACUGUACAAAAAAGCAAACCGAUCUGAGCCUUUCAGCUUUUACUAGUUAUGAGCAAUAAUAUGAUUGUUGCAUUGAUUUUAAUUAUUUAUGUUUUAUUUUAUCUAAAGAAACAUGGCAACUAUCACAACGUAAACAUCACCAUGACAACCAGUUUGAUAAGUAUGGUAUGCAGGUGAUAUCUUUGAUUCCGCUUCUACUAAAACUUAUCUGGAGACUCUCUGACAAAUACAUACACUGCUAUGCUGUACUGCUACGCUGUACUGCUACGCUGUACUGUAUAUAUUAUACUAUUUUAUUGGUUUUUAUAUUGCUAUAACUUUGCUCAUUAAUGCUAUUUAUUAUUAUUAA